UCUUAAAAGAUGCAAUUGAAGAGUGUCAUUGCUGUAGUUAUUUUAUCUUUGGUUUCAAGAACAAAAAGUGCUGUUAAUUGGACGAAUAAUGGGACGAAUUACUACGGAGGCAGUCCUUCAUGUGCAGGUGAGAAUAAUGUUACCGCUCUUUAUGAAGUCUUUGUAAGAUGGUCCAAGGAAGUAGACGUUUCUUCUAAAGCAGGUCUCAUUGUGACGGCAGUGACUGUCAGCCUGCCCUCAAUCGCCAGCAACACCAUCAUCAUCCACAGUGUUCGUGUCAACAGACACAUGCACACAAGAACCAACUACUUUAUUGUCAACAUGGCAUGCGCAGAUCUUAUAAUAAAUCUGGGAUUUGGUCCUUACAUCGUAAAAUACAAUUUCAAUUUAUUUGCCUGGUUUCCAGGUCUGUUUGGUCAAAUAACUUGCGUCGCUCAUCAGUUGAUCGUGUUUGUUGGGGGUGCUUGCUCAGUUUUUAGUCUGGUGUUGAUAACAUUUGAUCGAUUGAUGGCCGUGCUUCGUCCUCUCAAGUACAAAACCUAUCUUCCAUCAAGCAAAUAUCUCAUAAUCCUGACAUGGCUACUGUCCCUUGGCUUAUCAUCUUCAUUUAUUUUCUCUGUGACGUGCUUACCUAUUUUACCAAAUGGUGUAACAUACUGCCUACCCAAGAAGGUGGAUCAUCUCUUAUCGGCCAUGAUUUUCAGCUUCCUUGUGGUUCUUGUUACCGUCAUCGCACUCAGUAUUGCUGUCGGAUACAAGUUAUGCACCAGAAAAGUCCCAGGAGAAGCUGGACAACACACUGCUGACAGGACGUCAAGGAAAGUCACCUACAUGAUUCUGUGCGUUGUAUUGGCUUUCACUGUGACAUGGUCGCCACUAAAUGUCAUUCAUUAUGCCAUUCCUAAAGACAAAAACCUCGAUGUUAUAGUUAUUCAUAUAAUAGCCUCCAUCACAUACUCGUUUGCUCAACUCAACGGAUUAUUUAACUUGGCAGUCUACUUUAUCUUUAGUGAAAAUUAUCGCAAUGCCUUUAAAAGUUUGUUUAUUCGCGUAAAGUCAAUUUUUCGUAGAAAUACUCCAAUCGUCCACACCUGCAAUAACGAGCAGCAAUUUGCACAAUAUACAGGAGGAAUGAUCAAUUUGGCUGCCUUAAAGUCAAGUAAUGAGUAAUUUAUCAAUUUCUUCAAUGAUUCAGUUGGAUCAACUCAAAAACUAAUUUAUUCCUUUAUUUCAAACUGACGCACUUUUUGACAAACUUUAAAAUCCACUUGUUAAUUUAGUGUUAAUGAUUGACGUCACUGCAUUGACAUCGUAACUAACCAGAUGUGAAUGUCGAUCUUUUAAGUCGCAUCAAAAGUCGUUCACUGUAUUUUUAUUGAAAUCUGCAGAAGAUUGUAGAGCUUCAAGCUUGCCCCUCCUAACGGAAGCACAGCGCACCCAAGUUUGAAUCUUCAAGAAUAGUUAGUUUAGCUUCAAUGUGCUCUAAAAAUUCUCUUUUAUGCACGAUAUUGAUUAUUCCUACAAACAAUUCAAGUAUUUUUUAUUUGAUAAGAAAAUUGAGUCGUCUCAAGCUUGAAAAAUAAAAUUUAAUGCAGACGUUUCGAUCGCAACUGCGAUCUUCUUUUAUUUUUCAAGCUAGAGACGACUCAAUUUUCUUAUCAUGCAACAUCCUAUAGCUGCAAAUUUAAAAUAUUUUUUUAUUUCUUUGUUUCUUUCUUUAUUCAU